AUGGGUGCGUGGUUGGACGGCAAUUCGUUGGGAAAGGAGGGGGCAGGAGUUAGGCGUGAUGAGAGGUGGUUGGGUUUGUGGAAUGUUGCGAAGAGGUCGGCGAGACGAAUGCUGCCGCUAUUCAAGGGCGUUCAGGAAAUAC